CUGCCCCCGUCAUCGCAACACCCUCUGUAGAUGUGCGGUCGGAGAAUCUGGCUUCUUAACAGCAAUUCUUCACCCAAGCAACUCCUCACCACCACUACCAUAACCACCACCUCCACUACGUGAUCUUGUACUUCCCGGCUAUAUAUUCCCCCCCCACCCCUCAGUCCGUGGUUUACUAGUUCGACCAUGUCCUCGGUGGCCAAACGUCGUCUCGAAGCUCUGAGCCAGCAAUUGGUGGAAGGCAUUCCAGAUGCAGGCACCUUCGAGAAUAUCCCGCGAAUCCGCCAGGUCGCACCAGACUCAGUGGGACCCCGAGUGAAAGACAAGGUCGCGAUUGUGACUGGUGCCAAUUCCCCAGCCGGCAUCGGUCGAGCCACCGUCCACCAGUACGCGCAUAACGGCGCCAAAGCCAUCUACAUUUGCGACUACAACGACUCCCACCUCGCUACCCACAAGCGCGAGAUAGAAUCCCUUUAUCCCGGGGUCGACAUCCACAUUCGCCAAUUUGACACUGGAGACGAGGAAGCUGUCAAGGCAGUCGUGGACGAUGCGGUGCAGAAGUAUGGCCGGUUGGACAUCUUCUUCGCUAACGCUGGAAUUGUAGGCCAACCCAAGAUCUUUACUGAUAUAUCUGGGGCCGAUUUCAUGAAAACUCUGAAUACAAACACCAUUGGCGUUUUCCUGGCCGCCAAGUAUGCCUCCAUUGCGAUGAAACAGACCUCGGCUUCCAAGCCCUACCCCGCCGGCUCGAUCAUCUGCACAGCGUCCAUCGCCGGCCUGCGCUCCAAUGGCGGCUCGACAGACUAUUCGGCCUCCAAGGCAGCGGUGGUCUCCAUCGCUCAGACAUGUGCGUAUCAGUUAGCUGGCACCGGCGUUCGCAUCAAUGCCAUCUGCCCGGGCCUCAUUGAGACCGGCAUGACCCAGCCUUUAUUCGAUGCUGCUCGUGCUCGUGGCACGGAGCGGAAGGUCGGCCAGCUGAAUCCAUUGCAGCGGGGAGCAGUAGCCGACGAGGUCGCCCGGGUAGCCCUGUUCCUGGGAAGCGAUGAGAGUAGCUAUGUCAACGGACAGGCAUGGGCCGUCUGUGGCGGACUGAGUGCUGGACACCCUUUCGUGCCAGGUAAAUUGGCGUAGGCAGCAAGUUACUAAAGUACUUAUCGACUAAAAUGAACAGAACCAGAUGAAGUGGGUAAACCAACGGAUUAGAUUCAAGUGACCGCUAUGGUUCACAUAGAAAUUGGCGGGCGCCAAUCCAGUAUAUCUCAAGACUCCAGACGGCAGCUUUCAAAGCCGCCCUGGCGAACAGGUAAAAUUAUAGACACAAGGAAACAGGAGGAUGACAGGAUAGGAAAUUCCGGUGAAUGAGGGGUCGGCCCAACGAAUGGAUGCCAAAUGAUCUACUACAAAGCGCGAAAGGUCGCUACGGACCUUCA